UUCUAUAUAAUUUUCCUCCACAAAUUACUAAUCCAGUUGUACUCUCGGUUCAUGAAUAGUUUAUAGUAGAUCAUGGCUAAAACAAAAUGGACUAACAUUUAACAAACGCUAAAUAAAUCAAUAAAUAUAUAUACUUUACUACAAAAUAUAAUGUCACCCUGUUAAUAUGAUACACACGAACUCUCUAUAUAAAGUCACCACACAAUACCUCAACAUUUACAAAAAAAAAAAAAAAACGUUAAGCAAUCACAAACUUUCAAAAGAAAAUAAAAAGUUUGCAUCAAUGGAGGAAUCAAAAGCACCUCACGUCGCCAUCCUUCCGAGUCCUGGAAUGGGUCACCUCAUCCCACUCGCCCAGUUCGCUAAACAACUCGUUCACCGCCACCCCUUCUCCGUAACCUUUCUCGUCAUCGGCGAAGGUCCACCGUCAAAAUCUCAAAGAACUGUACUAAACUCUCUCCCGUCGUCCAUCUCCUCCGUCUUUCUCCCUCCCGCCGACCUCACCGACCUUCCACCCACCACUCGCAUCGAAACUCGUAUAUCCCUCACCGUGAGUCGUUCGAACCCGGAGCUCCGGCGAGUCUUUGACUCGUUCUCGGCGGAAGGUCGUUUGCCGACGGUGCUAUGCGUCGACCUGUUCGGUACGGAUGCUUUUGACGUCGCCGUGGAGUUCCACGUGUCGCCGUACAUUUUCUUCCCAUCAACGGCCAACGUCUUGUCGUUCUUUAUCCAUCUUCCUAAGCUUGACGAAACGAUGUCGUGCGAGUUUAGUGAGUUAACCGAACCGGUUCAGCUCCCUGGAUGUGUACCGUUCGCUGGAAAAGAUGCUCCUGACCCGGCUAGAGAUCGGAAACAUGACGUGUACAAAUGUCUUCUCCACAACGCCAAGAGGUACAAAGAAGCCGAAGGGGUUCUUGUUAAUACCUUUCUCGAUCUAGAGCCAAAUGCUUUAAAGGCCUUGCAAGAACCGGGUCUUGACAAACCACCGGUUUAUCCAAUUGGACCGUUGGUUAAGCAAGAGGGUAGUAACGGGACCGAAGAGUCUGAAUGUCUGAAGUGGCUGGACAAACAACCGCUUGGUUCGGUUUUGUAUGUUUCAUUUGGGAGUGGUGGUGUACUAACGCUUGAGCAGCUCAAUGAGCUUGCUCUUGGUCUUGAAGACAGCAAGCAACGGUUUCUUUGGGUCAUACGGAGCCCAAGUCAAACCGCAGAUGCUUCGUUUUUUAGAUCGCAUAGCGAAGCCGACCCACUGACAUUUUUGCCGCAUGGUUUCUUGGAACGGACUAAAAAUAGAGGCUUUAUGAUCCCUUCAUGGGCUCCACAAGCCCAGAUUUUAGCUCAUCCGUCUACCGGAGGGUUUUUGAGUCAUUGUGGAUGGAACUCGACUCUGGAAAGUAUAGUAAGCGGUGUUCCACUUAUUGCUUGGCCAUUGUACGCUGAGCAGAAGAUGAACGCGGUUUUGUUGGCCGAAGAUAUUCAUGUUGCGCUUAGGGCUCAUGCGGGGGAGGAAGGGAUGGUGAGAAGAGAAGAGGUAGCUAGAGUGGUUAAGGGAUUAAUGGAAGGUGAAGAAGGUAAAGGUGUGAGGAAUAAGAUGAAGGAAAUGAAGGAAGAAGCUAGUAGGGUGCUGAGUGAUGAUGGGUCUUCUACAAAGGCACUUAGUCUUGUGGCAUUGAAGUGGAAAGACCACCAAAAAGGGUUAGAGCAAAAUGGCAAGCACUGAAUAUGCGUGUAUGUGUCUCAUACAAUUAUUUGUACAGUCAAACGAUGUGAUAUGUGCAAUUGUGUUUGUGUAUGAAGUAACUAUGAAUGUAAUGCUUUUAUUUGCUUCUUUUGUGUCAUCAACUUAUAUUUGAAAAUUGAUAUUGGGUCUCAGUUUA